AGGUGGCAUAGCCUCCCACGUGGUCAUCAUUUUUCAAUGCUAAACCUCGGGAUAAAAGUCACGGUGUCGUCUCUUUCCUCUCGUUAACGACGUAGCUCAUAGAUGUACAAUGGACAAGCUAGCUACACGGGAAUCAAAUCGUCUGGUUAUCGAGGAUUGUCCUCUCAGAGGCGGGGCAACUGUAACAAGCUUGGUUACCAUCUUCCCACAUCUUCCGGUCUUAACCUCCAUCGCAAUGAGCGAAUCAACAAACUUUUUCACAACAAAGCUGAAAUUGACCUUACACCGCUGUGGGAUAUCCAAGAACUGGACACCCAAGGACUCGGUCAACAAAGCACCACUGCGCUCGCGCAGCACCAAGAAUUGUCUGUUCCGGCAAUCACAUAUAGAGUGGGCCCACUCCACUGUCCCGAAGAUAUCCGCCGCAUACCUGACACUAUCAUGCCGGAUGACCCACGGAUGGGCGCGGAUCAAGGUAGUCGCCGAACUGACGAGCACUUCGCGUCCACAUAUGGUCGGUCUGGUAUCCCCUACUUUCACAUCGAGAAGCACAAAGAUGCGUUUGAGUGCAUCAUCUCGACCGUCGUCUUUGGCAAUGACGAAUGCAUCGGCUUUGAUGCGACGAAGAAGAUUAGAAGGCUUAAGCUUUCAGCGCCAUCUCGUCCUUCCCGUACUCCUAAGAGAUUGCGCACUCGUCGGAAGACUCAAAGUGUCUCAUCAUUAGAGGGUGAUGGCGUUCUCGAAUCGCACGAUAGCUCUUCAUCUUACUUGCCCCCUAAUAUAUUUUCUUUAAGUCAGAGGAGGCCCAGCCUGACGUCUGAACUGCUCCCGCUGGACCGCUCUCGACCUCACCUCAUGACGGAGCUUUGCCUACACUUCUGGCUGAACAUGUAA